AUGCACAAGUUCUCCUCUUUGAAAUCACUCAUCAGAGCUAUUUGUGUAUUUCAACGUACCGCACUGAGACGACGUAAACUACCAAUACCAGAUAGAGUACAGCUGCAUCAUGAUGUAGAAUUCUACUUGGUGAAAGUAUCCCAAAAUCUAACAUUCAGUGUGGAAAUCGCAAACCUUUGGAGUGGUAAACCUAUUCCAAAGGACGGUGUUUUACGUGAUCUGGACGAUGGAACCAUUCGACUUGGAGGAAGAAUUCGCACCGGCGAUGCCCUAUCUGGAACACAUGGACCAAUCAUUAUCCACAGCAAAACUUACUUAGCUCGUAUCCUUGUGUUUCAUUGUCAUGAGAAGGUCAAACAUCAAGGACGGCACCUUACAGAGGGAAUGGUACGUUCGUCUGGAUAUUGGUUGAUAGGUGGAAAGAGACUGAUUGUAUCUGUUAUACAUUCCUGUGUAACAUGUAGAAAACUGCGUCGCAAACUAGAACAUCAGAAGAUGGGAAACCUUCCAGAGUGCAGAAUUAAACCAUCACCCCCGUUUACUUACGUGGGUGUUGAUGUGUUUGGACCGUGGGAAGUCACUACCCGUAAGGCGAGAGGCGGUUCAGCGAACAGCAAACGUUGGGCUUUAUUAUUCAUAGAGCGUGUGGAAGAUAUGUCGUCACCAACGUUUAUUAACUCCCUUAAACGUUGUGUGGCAAUCCGAGGGAAAGUACGAGAAUUCCGUUCAGAUAGAGGGACAAAUUUUGUCGGCAUCACAGAUGCAUUAGGAAUCUCUGUGGUGAAUGUGGAAAGCUCAACAAUCAGAAAAUUCAUGAACGACAAUGGUUGUACUUGGAUAUUUAAUCCUCCCCACUCCUCACACAUGGGAGGUGUGUGGGUGAGGAUGAUCGGUAUCGCACUAAGGAUUUUAGACUCUAUAUUGCUAACAGAGUCUAAAAGGAAUCUUACCCACGACGUGUUGAAUACUCUGAUGGCUGAAGUUAGUGCUAUAAUGAACAGUCGACCAAUUGUGCCGGUAUCAACUGACCCAUCUCAACCGACAGUUCUGUCUUCAUACAUUCUUCUUACGCAGAAAACUGAACUGGAUGUUGGACCGUUUUCGCGGGUAGGUUAA